AUGGACAGGUGCGAGAUGGAAAAGAGCAACAGCGAAGAAGGAAAAGAACGGAACGCAGACAAAACCACACCAACGACGGGCUGGGCCCUGAGUGGGGAGGAGAUUGGCGAGCAGGGGAUCGCAAGGCCUGAUGGUGAGACUGCCCCGUCCAAGGGCCUGGGCAGAGGGCUAGGAGCGCCUCCCGCCGCCCCGUCCAGGCCGUGUGCACGCGUUAGGCCCGACCUCGCAGCUCUAGUCCCUUGGCUGGUGGACAGCGCCAAGCCAAUAAAGGGCUGCCGCCGGCCAACAGCAGGAGCUGGGGCUAGAGAUGGCGGGCAUGCCAUGGCCGAGAUCAGCCCGCAACCUCAGCCGCAGGUGGAGAAGGUGGAGAAGACUGCCCCAAAGAGGCUGUGCAAUUUCGCCCCCUGCGGGACUGAUUGCACACCACAGACGCCGUCGGGGUGCUCUCCCUCCAGUGUUGUUGCUCCACCCAGGACCCAGGACCCAGGAGGACUCAUUGUUCACGGCUCUGCUAGAGAAAAGAAGCUCCGAGGUGGCAAUCGUCACAAGGCUUGUUUCCGGGAUCAGAUGGAACGGCGGUUUGUCACAUUUCACGCGCCCAAGAACAAGAUUUAG